CCACUUGGGUGCAGAUCCUGCCGAGAAGCACAAAGGGGUGAGUCAUGUACCCACUGCUACAACUGUGGCCAAGAGGGACACCUCUCCCGAGGCUGCAGGCAAAAGAGGGAGCAGGGAAACGGGAGGGGGCUGCUAGGUCAGGACCGCCAGUAGCCCAACACCAAAGGUCCCCAGCCCGUCGCACUGUCAACCUAUCAGCAGACAGGGCCAAUGCAAACUUCAACCCUGUGACAUCUAGGGCAACUGCUACAGGGGACAGCACUCCUGUCAGCUACCUCCCUCCUCAUCGCAAGGCAAAGCUGUUAAAUCUCAUCGGUGAGAGGUGUCUGGUACAAUGCCUAUUUGACAGUGUUGCCGUGGAAGCACUUUGGGACACAGGUGCACAGGCCAGUAUCAUCAAUGAAAAAUGGAGAAAGACUCACCUCCCCCAUCGCGAAGUACGCCCCAUUGAAGAACUAUUAGGGCCAGGUAAUUUGAUCGGCCUUGCUGCUAACCAAACUGAGAUACCAUUCUUAGGGUGGGUUGAGGUGGAAUUUAGAUUAGCUGAAAGGCCAAACUCCUCAGAGCCAUUACUAGCCCCCAUAUUGGUGUCCAGUGACCCAAAUGUUGCAGAGCAACCGAUUAUCGGUUUCAAUGUCAUUCAAGCACUAAUAAGUGACAGGGACGAGGGACAGCCAACUUCACAUUUGAUCCGGAAACUGAGCCAGGCUUUUUCUGUGACCUUUAAGACAGCAAAGUUAAUGAUGGAGUUAAUCAGAGAUGAUUCGGCUGGUGAAGUAGGGACAGUUCAGACAGGCAAGAAGAAAGUAUAUCUGCAAGCAGGAAAGGUUACCACUGUGCAUGUAAGGGCCUGUGCUGGAAUUCAAUUUAAGGGCCAGAGUCUGCUGUUCGUCCCCUGUGACCUCCCUGACCUACCUGAUGGCAUAACUGUAAAAGAAGGACUGGUUGCCGUGACAGCAGGGCAGAGUAUGUAUGUGGCCCUUCCGAUCAGGAAUACAAACAGUUAUGACAUUAGACUGAAUCCACGCACAGUCCUUGGUCAUCUGCAAGCAAUAAAAACAGCAUAUUCAGUCCAUUCAGAACAACCACUUGCUGCUGAAAAGGGAAAGGGACUUGAGUCUCCAAUGGACCAGGGAAAUAAUGAUGCGGACAAGGAAACCAGACAUAAACCGAGCCAGUGGGAUCCCCCAGUCAAUUUGGACCACUUAGAGGUGUGGCAGCAAGAGCAGGCAAGGCAGUUGCUACGAGAAGAGUUUUAG